UUUUGCUUCACUGAUGUGGCACCACCGAAAGCACUCUUCUCCAUCCAUUUCGCACCAGAAAACAUUCCCAAACAAAUGGAGCAUUAUUGGAGGGGCAAAAAAGGAGAAGAAGAAAGCCACAGAUGCACCUUACAGCAAGUGGCAGUGCCAGAUCAUGUAUUAUUGGUAUAAGAAGGUUAAAGCCAUGCCAGGUUCUGAUAUGGGAGGAUUCACUAGGGUUUUGCAUUCAGGAAAUCCAGACAAUUUGAUGGAGGAGAUUCCAACUUUUGUGGUUGACUUUUCCAGACGGGCUGGACUGGAUGUGGUUUGA